GUAGUUAGUCUGAUGUCACACGCGGCACAUAUUCUAAAGUUAACAAUAAGAUAUGUCAGUGCACAGACUACUGACAGUGGUAGUGGAUAGUUGCCCAUGAUAAUUAUCGGCCCCGAGACCCAUCCCCUGCACACAGGGCCCUCACUGAUGGCAACUGAAAAAGUUAAGUCGGAGCUUAGUCAUCUUAAUUUUCACUAUCACUUCAACCACCAUAACUACAAAAUGUAUAGAUACCUCGCUAGAUCAGGAGCUGUUCGUCAAUGUGCUGCUACCGUGCCUCACAGACUCUUCUCACAAAAUGCUAGAACUUCAUUUAAUCAUGGGGGUCAUAGAAAAAUUAAGGCUGUUGCGGGAUUAACGUUAACGGCUUUUGUAGCCAUGAGUUUUAUGAAUAGAAAUAUUCAUAAUGAUGUAGAUGAAGCUAAAAUAGAAAAAGACUUAGAAGCAGCAGUAGAAGCAUCAGAAGAAGCUGCAGCUCCAGUUGAAGGUGAAGAACAAGAACAAGAAUCUUCUGAAUCUGGUCAUGAAGGUGCUGCCUAUAAUCCAGAAACUGGAGAAAUUAAUUGGGAUUGUCCAUGUUUAGGUGGUAUGGCUCAUGGACCAUGUGGAGAAGAAUUUAAGGAAGCAUUUGCAUGCUUUGUAUAUUCAGAAACUGAACCUAAAGGAAUAGAUUGUAUUAAGAAAUUUGAAGCUAUGAGAUCAUGUUUCAGAAAGUAUCCUGAACACUAUAAGGAAGAGUUAUAUGAAGAUGAUGAAGAUGUUUCUGCUGGCAAUUCAACUGUUGCAGAAACCGAUGUUGUUGAAGUUUUCGAAGCUGAAAUUGAACAACCAGUGACUGAAGAAUCGAAAUAGAUAGAGAUGGCAGUACUGCAUUAGAGACAUAUAUAUAUAUAGUUCUACAUUAACAUUGUAC